AUGGACGUUACUGUACAGCAAAGAACGACGUCUGAGGGCAACACCGCGGGGAAUCGUCGUAAACGAAUUAGACCAUCCAGGGCUCGUGGAUUGAGAACUAGAACAGGAUGGUCACCUAAGCGAAUAUCAAGCUCGCUCACACAUAACAGCCUCACUUGCAGGGAGAGACGAGUAAAGUGCGACGAUGGACGCACUUGUCAAUAUGCCCAGGCCACUUCCCAGAUCGCCGGCCCGGUGCAUCCGCCUGGAGCCACCAACGCCCCUGCCGAUGAAGCCGUGCCGGCUCAUCAAAGCGACUCGCCCGAGGCGUCAUGGGGUGAUUUGAAUGGGCCUAACGAGCAAAGCCCACCCGGCUUUGACUCUGCAAUUUCUGCUUCUCCACUGACAUUAAGCCAAGCCUCCUUGCUGAACAUCUCUCCCUUCGAGUGGUAUGAUUUGUUAGCGCGGGAUGCUAUCAACCACAUCCAAAGGCUAAAUGAUACCUCAGGCGGCGAUUCAAGAUGGAAGUUUCCCGAGAUUGCUCUUUCUCGUAGGCAAUCGCCAGCCCGUGAGUGUCCUGAUUCUCGACUCGAUCCGUUCAAGAGGCAUGAAGAGCAGCAACCGGCUGUAACCGACCGGGAAAACCAGCCUUGGAAUACGACAACUAGGAUAGAGCUUUCGGAAAUCGACCUCACGUUCUUUCGAUAUUAUAUCGACGUGGUUGGCCCAAUACUAGACUUGUUUGAUCGUGCUAGGCAUUUCAGUAAUGUCGUACCUCACCUCGCGCUACGAAAUACUGGACUUCUGAAGUCAGUUCUCGCAGUGGGUGCCAAGCACAUGUCUCUUGGUGUUUCAGACAUACCAGAUGGAGACUCAAUAAGCAAUGCUAUGGCACCAAACGCGAAUGUUCAAACGCCAUUGACAUCGACUGGUCUUUCCCCAGACUCAGAGACUGCUCCAGCCCACAUGGCUACACAAUACUAUUACGAAACACUUCAAUAUCUUUCGCAAACAUUACUUUAUCCCUCUUAUGCAGACUCUCACGAGAUACUGGCAACAGCGACCAUGAUCAGCACGUACGAGAUGUUUGAUUCCGACAGCGCCUCAAAUGGUGGAGUCUGGGAACAACAUCUUAGAGGCUCUUUUUGGAUUCAGCGAUCUCAGGAUAAUGACGGGGAAUCUGUUGAUGGUUUAAGACAGGCUGUGUGGUGGGCUUGGCUUAGACAGGAUAUUUGGGCGGCUUUCCAAGCCGGGCGGCCUACUAUUACCUUCUGGCGUGCACGAAAGCCUCUCGACGCGUUAGAUUCAGAUGAGUUGGGGACAAGAAUAGUCUAUAUAUGUGGAAAGUGCGUAAAAUAUGCUUCUUCCGAGAGAGUAACGCCGAAUACGGAUCCAAGAGAGAGAAUCGAGCAUGGCGAUCAGCUUCUUCGCAUGCUCGAUGAUUGGCAUCGUGCUCUCCCCGCUUCCUACCAUAAUAUAACUGUUGCCAGUGCAACAAGCCUGGACUUGAAUACAGCGUUUCCACCUAUUUGGAUUCACCCCCCAAACCAUGCAGGCGCCAUGCAGAUGUACCAUUUUGCUAGGGCAAUUGUGUUGCUCAAUCAACCUACUAUGGGCGGACUAACUGCCUACUUGCAACGUGACAAACAACUUACUGAGAGCAUUAAAAUUGUCUGCGGCAUCGCAAACUCUUGUCAGGAACAUGAGGUCGCAAUGGCCUUUGUCAAUGUGCAGGCAUUAUUUGGGGGUAAGUGUCUCGCUACUCCAAUUGUCAACUUUACUGACGGAUAUCAAGUUGGUCAAUUUGUUCGGUCGGCCGAGAUGCGCGGUGAAUUGCUCCGGAUUUUAGAAAAUAUGAUUAAAAUUAGCAAAUUCCCUGCCAAGGGACUUGCCAAUCGACUGAAGAAAGGUUGGCAGGAAUGA